AUGGCGAUGGCGACGGUGCGGCGCCGUGCAGUGUGCGCCCUGGCGGUGCUUGCGCUGCUGUGGGGCUGCUCCUCCGUGUGCGGGGCGACGGCGUUGGGUACGAAAUCGGAAGGGGGUCAUGGGGCGAGUGGACAAGCCGUUCCGCAGGCCGCUUUUCAGCAUUUGGGUGGAACUUUCUCUCACGAGUUGAAUCUCCCUUCUGGUGUCUAUGGCAGCGGGGCUGCCAUAGGUCAGCAAGGUCAAGGGCCUGCAUCGCGAGGCGCUUUGCUUCAUUCAUCUUCCCCGCAAAGUGGUGCUUCUACCGCCCCAUGCUGUGCGAAAGAUCAUGACAGGUCCAAAGACGCCAAUCGUUCUUGUCUGACUUGCGCCCCGGGUAUUGCUGGUCGGCCUCCCAGGGAUGACGAGACUCGUGAUGCGGCUGAAUACGUUGGCCCACGCGGAGGUUCCUCUGGAGCGAAUGGUGGUGAAAGUAGCCUUUCUACUGACCCUUCUGGUCCUUCUAACUCGAUGAGCAGCAACGUCGAAACUGUCACUAAACAGCCUCCUCCUUGCGUCCCCGGUGUCCCUGGUCAGCCCCCCACGGCUGGAGCAGGUACUGCUCAAAAUGCAGGUUGUAACGCGGGAACUUCACUUGGAGUGGAGAGUGGCGGCAGUGCAUCUCAUCCUGCCCGUACUACUACUACUGAUGGUGUUUCUGGAAAGCAGGAUAGCAAACCAGCAGCUGGUGCUGCUGCUGCUGGCACUGCUCCGUGUGAUGCGAAUGUCUCCAAUGAGUUGGUUGCAGCUUGUGUCUCUGGGAUGCAGUUUUUUCCCGCUGCUCCCACGCAUUCACAACCCCAAGUUAUUGUCCCCUCUAUCAACGGCGGUCAUUUCGCUGAAGCACCUCAAAAACCUCAUUCUUAUCCUGGUGCUGUUUUUCAGGCCCCACCUGAUCCCAAUGACCCUGCCUUUUUGCAGCUUCAUGGCGACGGUGUCGGUGUUGGCGGUAAUUUCCCUGGUUCAGCGCUUGUGGGGCGACAUUUCGUUCCGCCGCGUUCGAUCACCGGAAGGCCAUCGGGUGAAGGGGUAGCGAAUCAACAGAACACGGGUAGGACGGCUGAAGGUGGGGUCGAUGCGAAGGUGGGCGAAGCAGGUGAUGUGACACACAACAGCGGCCCGGCCGCCGCCACUGGCCCCGGUAGCAACAGCGCAAACCGGCACAAUGAAGGUGGGCAGCCAUCUGCUGCUGCUGUUGCAGGGACAGCUCUCUCGGUGCAGACAAACGGCCAGAGCUCUGCCGAGGAUGGGGCGACGAGAGGUGAGCUGGCAGCUUCCAGCUCUCAGGAGCCAAGCGGUGAGUCGCCGUCCAGCCUAGGCACUCCCGCUGGGGCGGCGCAGGAGGAGAGCCGUAUGGGAGCUGCGGAUGCAGGCGGUGCUCACAGCGGAGGGGCAAGCAACGGCCGGGGAGCCGGGACACAGGGAGGUGCCCAUGCAGGCGCCGCGACGGCAAGGAACGCGACUUCUGCACUUGCAGCCCGCAACAACAGCGGUGGGGACCUGCUGCUGACGCGUACCGCUGAGGAUGGCACUGUGUGUGGGCGCCGUGUGCUGCCGACGCUGCUCCUGUUGGGGUUGUGGGUGUUUGCGGCUAUGUGA